AUGUCUGUUGAUACUGCUUCCAUUGCAGCCUUAAUCCUUCUCGCUUUUCUGUCUAUCAUCGUUUGUAUUUCUAACGCCUUCACCGUGUUUGUUUUCUGGGUCCAUAAAAGUAAAUUGAAACGAACAAGCUUCCUUGUUAUUAACUUGGCUGUGGCGGAUCUCCUUAUUGGACUCACAGAUACUGUAGAGGUCGGAGCAUUUGCUCUUUCAAGACAUAUCGGCUCAAACGAAACUAUUACGGAGAUGAAAGGUAGCAUUGUAGCCCCUUUUGUAGCAACUUUCUCGUGUGCAUCUGUUUUUUUUCUCGUGCUGAUUUCCCUGGAACGAGCCUUUGCUUUGAUUUGGCCGCUUCGACAUCGUGUAACAAGCAGAAAGGUCUACACCUAUAGCGUGGUUAUAGCGUGGCUAGCUGGGAUAACUAUAGGUGUAUUCAAUUUCCUUGCUGUAGUUAGAAAAUACCAAGUGAAGUAUUUUGCAGUUGCUGCUACAAUCAUUAUUAGUUUCUCCUUGAUUAUGAUUUGUGUGUCUUACCUGCCCAUCAGGAAAAGAAUUAACAACAGAUCUCCUGCUAUCGACACAGAGCAUAGCAGAAUAAACAUCGAACAAAACACAAAACUCUCCAAGACUCUUUUUAUCAUGAUCGGUGCAUCUGCUGCUUUGUGGCUUCCCAGCGUUAGAUGGUACAAUAUCAGUCUAUGGUUUCCAAGCCUGUUUCCUCAUUUUGUUGCUCACCUUUCCACAAUGGUACAUUUGACUAAUUCUCUUGUUAAUCCAGUCAUUUAUAGUUUUAAAAUGCCAAUAUUCAGGAGAAGCUAUGAACAAUUGUGAGACGAGCUAAAACUUGUCAAGCGAGCGAAAAGGUACACGGUAAAUUAAUUAGAGCCAGAGUAUUAGAGUCCAAAAAAAAUUAAAGGUUUGCUUAUAGUGGAAAGUGCACUUAGCUUAUCCAGCUAGUUUACAGGCACUCCACUCAAAUAAUUCUGAAACAAAUGAUGCAAAUAGAACAUAACAGAAAUGAUUCGAGGACAAGGACGGCUACGAGUGCGAGAUUGUACUUAAAGUUUUUUCGCGUCUUCUCAAAAUGUAGACUUCCCGGAAAGCUUCAUUUUAGCAUUUUUCACUAGAAAAGUUAGCAUUGUUAUUUUUAGUGAAGCAGGUUACGCGCUCUCUCGAUCGCAAAAUGAUACAACUUUUAAAUUUGAUAUCUUGUUUUCGCCACCUCAACAUUUGCGCAAAAACUCGUAGUAGAAUGACGACGGCUACCACGUUUUCCCGCCAACAUGACGCUGGUUCACGCGCGUACACUACUUAGUAUUGAGAAAAUCUCGUACUCGUGGUGUUACUCGUCUUAGAAUCUAACGCUCUCUACUAAAAACCCCAACUGGCGGGAGGCUGCACCAAUUGGCUAUUUACAAGUGUGACCGAGGAUUUGAAGUGGGGACGACAGAGAUAUCUUUGUUAGUUACUACUCAAACUUGGAAGCCAUGAAAGUCCAAUCGCGUAACCCUAAGCCAGUCAGAAUUGAUAAGCAUAGAUUAUUUAAAGAAAAAACCAGAGCGGUGCGUUUGUAAUAUUUCUUUGUAAUUUCAUUUUCUUACCAUCAACUUAGGCCAGGUUAAGCAAACGAGAAAAUUAUUUUCCUCUUUUUAUAAAUGAUUGAAGAAAUAUUUUAUGUAAACCAUCAAUUGAUAAAACCUGGGAUUUGUGGAUGUAGGAUGGUAGAAUGCUAGCCCAUAUUUAUAAAAACAGAAAAGAAAAACAGUUCAAAUUUUCCCUCGAUGUUUUGUGUUUUAUUAUGAUUAGUCAGUAAUUUUAUUGUUCUUGUUCUUGCUUGUGUUUUUUUUUUCUUCUUCUUUUUUUUUUUUUUUCGUGUUAAAUUAUAGUACUACACAUCUUUUCUUUUACUUCUUUUAAAUACAAGAAUUUUGCGGUGGUGACCGCAAAUUUAAUGGAAUCUUUAGAAACUGAAUUCACAUGUUAAAACGGAAUCCAUCAGGAAAUUGAGUAAUUUGAACUUUGAGUGGACAAAAACCUUGAACCGGAAUGAUUUAAACAAUAUCGCAUUCUUUUUUUACUUUUUUCAAGGGCUGUAGAUAUAAUUCUUAUCUAUAAUAACACCAACUAUUCCUAAUGGGAUCCCGAGAAAAUAAAUGUCAGAUUUCACAAGAAUUGUAAAAACACAGGUAAAAUUCUGAAAAUUUCAUGUGUAAGAUGUCAUUUUGUGAAAUCUGACAUUCGUUAAAUUUUCUCGGCCUCCCAUUAGAAAUUUUCUUCGGUGUUAUUACAGAACCUUCUUAAUAAUUUAUAAUUUCAACCUUAUUUUAGCUUCACCUGUCCAAUAUUGAAAUGAUAAUUUUCUUACAUUUGAUCGUUUCGUACUGUAAACAUUGUACAUAUCUGAUGUUAGCUGUUUUAUUUUUUGUUUAUUUUCUUCUAUAGAUAAUAGAUUUCCUUAAUUUACACCCAAUGUCAAAAUAAAGGCCUUCAGUUCUUCAUCAUCAUCUUGUUCUUCUUCCUUUUGUGUUGAAGUGACAUAUGUGAAUCAGUCUCUCAAAUUAAAUUGACUUGGUGUUAAACAAUUCAUUAUCUUUCAUGAAGCUCUCUUGGUACAUUGUGUUAAUAUGAAGGGCCUUUUCAAGCCAAGGUAGUUCAGGUAACGUUAUCACACCGGUAGGCUCUCAUGCGGAUUAUAAUCUUCUCCGAAAAAAGAAACUCAGACAUGUAACUUUAUCUCUGUCGUUAUGACAAAUGAUACGGCAGCCAUUGUAGUUUUGUGCCUUCUUGGUCUUCUAUCCGUCUUUGUUUUUAUUUCUAACACUUUCACUGUGUUUGUUUUCUGGGUUCAUCGAAAGAAACUAACGCGAGCAAGCUUUAUCGUUAUCAACCUGGCUGUGGCGGACCUCUUUACUGGGCUCACCGAAAUAAUGGAGGUCGCUGGUGGGUGGACUUUAGCAGAUCAAAUCGACUCAAACAAAACAAUCCAAGGAGUCAAUGAAAGCGUUCCACCUUCUUUUCAAAUCUUAUCCUCGUCCGCAUCUGUAUUUUUUCUUGUUCUGAUUUCUCUGGAACGAGCCUUUGCCUUGAUCUGGCCGCUUCGUCAUCGCGUAACAAGCACCAAGGUUUACAUUUACAGUGUGGUUAUCGCAUGGUUAGCUGGGAUAGCUAUGGGUGUAAGCAGUUUUAUUGCUUUCCUUGGAAUCUAUAAUUUAACGUAUUUCGCGGUUGGUGCGGCGGUCAUCAUCGGUUUCUCCUUGAUUACGAUUUGUGUGUCUUACCUGUCUAUCAGGAAAAGAAUUAACAACAGAGCUCCUGCUUUCGACAAAGCGCACAGCAGAAUAAGUGUUGAACAAAAUACAAAGCUCUCCAAGACUCUUUUCAUCGUGAUAGGAGCAUCUGUUGCCUUAUGGGUUCCUAGCCUGACAUGGUACAAUAUCAGUGUUUGGUUUCCACGUCUGUUUCCUCAUUUUGUGAUUCACAUUUUCACAAUGCCACUUAUCACCAAUUCCCUUGUCAAUCCAAUAAUUUAUAGCUUAAGAAUACCAGUAUUCAAAAAAACCAUGCAACAAGUGAGAAAUAAGCUUAAAGUUGUGGAGCGAUCAAAGAGUUAUACAUUUAGUUAA